AUGUUGCUCUGCUUUUAUCCACAGACGUUUUCAAAGUUUCAUCGUGCACACUUCAUCAAACUGGUCUAUUUUUACUCCAUCUUAUGGUUGCCAAUCGUGUUCAGCAAUAGUUUACUUGGUGAUAAAUGCGUCACUUCUAUUCAAAGAUUUAGUCUCUUGAAACAAGCAUUCAAAGCUGUGAAGACACAGGAUAUGUUUUCCUGUUACUACCUCUGCAAAGGAGAUGACAUCUGCCAAAGCAUAAACUUCAACAAAGACAACAACUUGUGCGAGUUGAACAACCGAACACGUUUGGUGAGACCGUACCAUUUUGUGCCAAAUUCAAACAUAAUUUACUUGGAAAAUCCGUUUCGAGGUAACUUAGAUUAAUUAAAAUUCAGAGUAUUUUUUUCGUCUUAAACAUCUCAUAUAACAUAAUAUAAGCUGCAAGUAACAAAACGCAACGCGGGUGAGUUGCAGAGCGGCCUUUUCUUUUCUUUCUUUUUCCUUUUUUUCUUUCAAAAAAUUAAUCUGUUUUUAAGUCUAACAGCUUUAAUGGAUCUCUAUCACAGAAUGUUUUCGCAGCCGAAUAUCAACCCAUUUUAAGUUAAAAGCACUCUUAAAAAUAUAGACCUGGAAAAGUUAGGGGUUUUCUCGUAGGCAAUGUUGAAAAUCAAAGUUUAUGUUUGCUUAGGGUCAGAGUGCCCUCUUUUUAGAGCUAAUCCGUUUGAUAUUACACCAAUUUCAUAUUUUCCACGUCUUUUGAAAAUUUGGAGACUUAAUGUAAUGCAUAAUUUCCCACCAUCAAACGGCAAAUGAUAAACAUUAACAUCAAACAGAAAUAAACAUUUUCCAAAUAUGGUCAGUAUAUAACGUUUAAGUUGAAUGUUAAUGUGUUUGGUUAUUUUUUCUUUUUUCAAAGCUUUCCCACCGCCGUAUUUUUCUAUUUUGGAAAUUCAUUUCAGCUCAAAACAGGAGGGCGUCUCUUUGGCCCACGUUUAUUUCCACGCACACAAUUUUUUCAACUAAGACUGUUGCUUUCUUUCUCAAUCAGACGAUGAAUAAAUAGAAAUAACAGCUGAUUUCAAAUUAUCAGCAAGACGUAUCAUCUACAAAGCAAAGCCGUUUGAUGCCUUUCGUUUGUUAAAACUAGCUACGGAAUAAUUUAAUGUUUGUUGUAUGAAAUACAUUGUACGUUGGACAAACGUCUGCCUUUAGCCUGUGAAAGCGGAUAGACAUUUUUUUUAUUCAUAGAUCAAUAAGAUACCUAACAAAAUUUUUCGACUGUACACUAAAUUUAUUUUGAUCAUAUUACCAUCGCCCUCAGAAUUUUGGAUACUAUACUAUCACUAAAAGAAACGCUUUUAAGUACAGGUAAAUAGCAUGAGGCCGAGUAAAAUUAAGUAUUAAUAUCACGUGUUUUUUUGUUUUGUUCUGUUUUUCUUUUCAGCCCUGCUAAAAAGCAUUCGCUACUUAUGAAUUAUCACACCUUUAGGCAAAAUUAAGCCUCUUUUAAUAUUCUCGUUUUAAGUCGUUUUGGCAGCGGCAAUUGAUGAAAAGUACCUUCUGUCUCAGCCAGUCAGCUUUAAUUUAUUUUGCCCUCUGUUAUAAAACAAGAAAAUCCAGCCCAGUGGUUGAAUUUUUAGUAUUUUUACGUCGAAGUAUGCCACAGAAACUAAAAAAUUUUAUCUUAAAAAUUUACCUAUGAAAAUAUAAUGCUCACAAAUAUUUGUCACCAAGGUAGGAUUUAAAACCAGAUUUAAAAUGGUUUACUGUUUAGACCUCACAGAUCAAUUUCAAAUUGGAUAUUUGUGUAGAAUUUCGAGUAAGAUUUCGCUGGACGGGUUAGGUUCGGACCGAGAUUUGCAAUAAAGGUUCAGCAGUUUAAACAUCGUCUUCUCUGCAUUCAAACAGAUGUUCGGAGUCGAAAAAGGAGAUGAGAUAAUCUGUUGUGAAGUUAGCUUCGAGUGUCUUUCUUAUGUAAAACGGAAAUGAACUAUUAUUACUUUACAGCUUUCCUUGGUUCGUCACCAGUACUCCCAGCCUCGUCAUGCCAAGAGAUUAAAAACGCCUCCGAAGGACUGGCCCCUAGUGGUAGAUAUUGGCUAACCUCGAAAGGAGCUGGAGAUCAACCUGUAAGCGCUUAUUGCGAUAUGGAUAGAGAAGGUUAGGUCUAAUGAAAACUUUGUGUGAAUUUGAGGAUUGUUGAAAUUCUUAUAAAAAUCCUUAUGUUAAAUAUUGAGUAAGGGGCUAAGUUGUGUCUGCGAAUCUUGUGGCAUAUCUUGGAUCAGUAUCGGAACAACUGCGCAUCAGGGUAUGCACACUUCUUUGUUAUCAGUUGACGGUUGUUGGGCCAGAGGAGGGGUAGCAGUCUAUCGCAUUUCGUUCCUCUCUUUUAUGGAAGUUUUCUGAUGCCUAUAUCAAAAUAAAAUGACCUCCCAAAGAAUAAAACACAACUAAGAUGACCCAGGCUAGAUUUCAUUUUUAUGACUGAAACUUAUUUCGUGAAACUUUACCGAUUUAGCCAUUUUUUUCCCCAGUGACUGUAGAGUGUUCAGGUAACCCGUGCCAGAAUGGUGCAAAGUGUGACUUAUAUGGGAAGGGACAGUACAAGUGUCGAUGCUUACCAGGGUACACUGGGGAGCACUGUGAAAUUGGUAAGUUUUUUCUUAACGAUUGUUCACCGAAUAAUUAUUUAGGUAUGAAUUUGUGAAUGUAUUUUAUUUUAUCAACAGUUAAUCAAGCUGAGAACAAAUACACCAAAAAAUGACUUUUACUGACAAUGCAGCAAAUUAUCGUGAAUUUAGCUGGUAAUUUUGUUCCGUACGAGACUCAUUAGCAGUAAUUUUUUAUUUCCGUUUUGCUCUCCUGCGUAAACAAAGGAGUCUCUUGUGUCUUUUAUCAAGAGUCACUUUCUGUUAGUUAUCAAAUUGACAGUGGCAUGGAAUUCCCUCUAGAGGUGCGAAUGGUUUCAGAGUUUAGGAACCAAAAUCUGAUUGGUCAGAAAAGGGAAAGGGAUGUAGUUUUAUAGUACACAACCAUUAGUGGGGAGGAGCGUUGCGUAGCGAGUUUAAGAACGGCUGCGAAGGAGAAUGGAGCCGAGAAGCACUUUGUAAAUCAUCUUCAAGUUAGCAAAUCAAUGUGCGCGAAAAGUAUUUCUUGUUAAUGUGGCUUAUACAUUGUGCGAGAACAAUUUAUCAUAGAUAUUGUGGACAACUGAAGUAACGGUUAGUUAAUUAAACAGCUACUUUUGGUUUUUGUUUUUUCAAUCGGACGCAGACAUUGACGAGUGCUCCAGCAAUCCGUGUUUGAAUGGAGGCACAUGUAUUGAUUUGGUAAAUGGUUUUAAUUGCUCCUGCACAUCAUCAUUGACUGGCAAAUAUUGUGAACUCGGCAUGGGUAAGUUGUUGUUUCCAACUUUCCUUCUGCAUUAUAGGAUGCUAGUUUUAUGAUACGCUUUCGUUGACUGUAGGCAUCGAAAUUAAAAAAAAAAGAGAAGUUAGGGAGGAUGGGGGAUGCUAAGGCCCCUCCUCCUGCUGCUCCCUUGCCCAUAUUUCAAAUAAAGCAGGAGCCUCUCAUGCUUCUUUAGAAACAAUUGCUCAUACCAAAUACGCCAUGAUCCAAGAGGUGCCAUGUAGACUUUUUUCCACCCAGCAUCAUGCUUUGUAGAGGGAAAAUUACGUUUCUUUUUAAAUCAUAUUAUCAUACACUUUUAAGGGAAGUUGAUGACUUACCCCUUUUAGAAGCUUUCCAUUGAAAAAAAUACCAUUAUUUCUAUAAUGUGAGCAAAACAACCGUGAAAUUUCUAGCGAUACCGACUACGCAUUCGGAUAAUAAGGAAAAGGUUUGACUUACUUUCCAGGAGCAGAGUGCAGCUCGUACUUAUUCGACACAGAGGAAGACCGCAGCAUAGCAUAUCAAUCGGGUGCGUCAAAGAAAUGUGACGGCGCCUUUUCUGGAGGCUGGUACCGCUUUAACAGCACUGCAGGCUCAAAGAUGCCUACAACUUGUGUGCCAAAGAAUAUGUGCAACACAGAUGCACCCGGCUGGCUUAGUGGGAGUCACCCUUCCCUCCAGGAAGGAGUUGUCGCUCGCACCGUUUGUUUUCAUUGGAGCAGUAAUUGCUGCAACUGGAUGGUUACCAUUGAUGUGAAGAACUGUGGAGAAUUUUUCGUUUACAAGCUUGUUAAACCGGGCGCAUGCACUCUUCGUUAUUGCGUGACCAACUGA